AUGCGCCCAAAACCCAGGCCGGGUCGGGGGAUUGUGCGGGUCGGAGGUGAGGAAUCUGGGGGCGGGGUUGCUGUCGGGAGGUGGCUGCGCAGAGUGGAGGGAGUGGCCUGCGGCCCUGCCCAGAAUAAGCUAGAGGCGCGCUGGGCGUCUGCGCUCCGGAGGCCCCGCUCCAGCUCCUGCGGCAGCGCAGCCAACUGCCUUCCCCUUUUCCAACUCGUGUCCAAUCUGCAGUCGCCAGACUUUGCCCGAGAGCGCAGUGAAGAGGCAGCUAGGUCGCAGGUGGACCCUGGUGAGGAGGCAGAGUCCCGAGGAAAUCAAGAAGACUUCCGCCUCCGUUACAUUGCCUUGGUGUUGCAGGAAAUCAAGAAGACUUCCGCCUCCAUUACAUUGCCUUGGUCACUGGUACUUAUCUUCUUUUCUAUUCAGCAUGCAUAUGGGAGUGGAAAGAAAUAUGCUGGUCCUUGCGGUGGGAGAGAUUGCUCUGUGUGCCGGUGCUUUCCUGAGAAGGGGUCUCGGGGUCAGCCAGGACCACUGGGACCACAGGGUCCAAUAGGACCGCUGGGCCCCCCGGGGCCCACUGGGAUUCCAGGAGAAAAAGGAAUGAGAGGUGACAGUGGCCCUCCUGGAGCAGCAGGCGACGCAGGAGAUAAGGGUCCAACUGGUGUUCCUGGAUUUCCAGGUUUGGAUGGCAUACCUGGGCACCCGGGGCCUCCUGGGCCCAGAGGCAAACCUGGCAUGGAUGGUUACAACGGCUCCAGAGGUGAACCAGGCUUGCCAGGAGAACGAGGAGUUCCUGGCUCAGGAGGCCUGCCAGGCCUUCCUGGGGAAAAGGGAGAAAAAGGAAAUUCAGUGUUCAUUUCAGGUGGUGUUAAAGGCAUUCAGGGUGACCGAGGGGACCCAGGACCACCUGGAUUACCAGGAUCAAGGGGUGCUAGAGGACCUUCAGGUCCCAUGGGAUAUUCCGGAGCGCCAGGGUUUCCGGGACCUCCUGGCCGCCCCGGGAGCCCAGGUUUGAAGGGCAAUCCUGGUGUGGGAGUGAAGGGUCUAAAGGGAGAGCCGGGUGAGGUUGGCCUGCAAGGUUCUCCUGGACCCACCCUCUUGGUGGAGCCACCUGACUUUGAUCUGUACAAAGGGGAAAAGGGUUUGAAAGGAAUUCCUGGAAUGAUUGGACUGCCUGGACCUCCAGGACCCAAGGGUGAACCUGGUGUAGGGGCAAAAGGAGAGAAAGGUAUUCCCGGAUUCCCAGGACCUCGGGGGGACCCAGGUUCCUAUGGGCCUCCAGGCUUCCCAGGACUGAAGGGAGAACCAGGGCUUGUUGGAGAUCCCGGACUGCCCGGAUUUCUUGGCCCUAAGGGAGAUCCCGGAGACCGCGGGCAGCCCGGACCACCAGGCGUUUUGGUCACUCCAUCUCUUCCAGUCAAAGGUCCCCCAGGGGAUCCAGGCUUCCCUGGCCGCUAUGGAGAAAUGGGGGCCAUUGGACCACCUGGUCCCCCAGGUCCACCAGGCAGGCCUGGGGAAUCCAAUGUAGGCAUGAAGGGACCUCCUGGCCCACCUGGGUCUCCUGGUCUGCCAGGACUUCCAGGGGCACCUGGUAUUCCUGGGAGACCUGAUUCAGCUCCAGGGAGACCAGGGCUGCCAGGACCACCUGGCCCUCCUGGAGCACCAGGACUGCAGGGACCCCCAGGAUCAGAUGUGAUAUACUGUAGUGCCGGGUGCCCUGGACCUCAAGGAAUAAAGGGAAGGAUGGGUCCUCCAGGAGGAAGAGGCUUAAAAGGAGAAAAAGGAAACGAAGGACUCUGUGCCUGUAAGCCUGGUCCCAUGGGUCCCCCAGGACCACCAGGAUUUCCUGGGAGACAGGGCAGCAAGGGGGACUUGGGACCCCCUGGUAGGCUUGGCGAAAAAGGUGACCCAGGCCCUCCUGGUGCUGCAGGAUCUCCAGGGCCUCCAGGACAGCCUGGCGCCUCUGGACCACCUGGCAGCAAAGGAGCAAAGGGCAACAUGGUUGUACCAAGAGUUAAAGGGCACAAAGGAGAAAGAGGACCUGAAGGGCCACCAGGAUUUCCAGGGCAAGAUGGACCACAUGGUUGGGAUGGACUUGAUGGAGAGAGGGGGACUCCGGGAGUCCCAGGAGAUCACGAAGAUGCAGUCCCAGGAGAUAAAGGGUUUCCUGGACCACCAGGCCCCCUGGGGAAAGCAGGCGCCAUAGGACCUCCUGGCACAGGAUUUCCUGGCCCACCAGGACAGAGAGGUCAACCAGGAGUUUCAGGCCACCCGGGUCUGAGGGGUCCUGUUGGCUUGAAGGGUCAGAAAGGUGACACAAUUCUUUGUAACAUCACUUACCCUGGUAUGCCAGGCCUUCCGGGAUUUGCUGGACCUCCAGGUCUGAAGGGGUUCCCAGGGUCCCCAGGUGCUCCCGGGCCAAGGUGCUUGGAUGGGCAGAAAGGCCAACGUGGCCAACCAGGAAGAUCAGGAAUACCAGGCCCACCUGGUUUCCGAGGGGACAUGGGAGAUCCAGGUUUUGGAGGUGAAAAGGGAUCCUCUCCCGAUGGGCUCCCAGGUCCUCCAGGUCUACCCGGAAUGAAUGGUCAGACAGGAAUCCCAGGAGACCCCGCAUUUGGUCACCCAGGACCCCCAGGGAACAGGGGUCUUCCAGGAGAACCAGGGACCAAAGGAUCCAAAGGAGAUCUGGGAUGUCCUGGAGCUGAAGGGGCUGCUGGCGCUCCAGGAUUGCCAGGGCUAAAGGGUCCCAAGGGCAGAGAAGGUAGUGCUGGGUUUCCAGGGGUCCCAGGUCCACCUGGCCAUUCCUGUGACAAAGGUGCUGCAGGGACUCCAGGGCUACCAGGGCUCCCCGGCGCUCCAGGAAACCCAGGCAUCCCAGGUUGGAAAGGGCCACGAGGAGAUAUGGGGCCUCCUGGACCAGCUGGAAUGAAGGGCCUCCCCGGGUUUCCAGGCCGGCCAGGGGUAGAUGGACCUCCAGGACCCCCAGGAAUCCCAGGCCUUUUGGGGGAAGAUGGAUUACCUGGAUUUCCAGGCCCAAAAGGACCCCAAGGGCUGCCUGGUUUCAGAGGUUUCCCUGGAGAGAGAGGAAGGCCAGGACCAGAGGGAGAGCCAGGCAGAAAGGGAGAAAUUGGAGAGAAGGGUUGGCCUGGUCGUCUGGGAGACCAGGGAGCAAGAGGUGCUAGAGGAGAGAGAGGACCUCCUGGAGAUGAAGGAGAGAUGGCUGUCAUUUCCAAGAAGGGCAAGACCGGGGAACCUGGAGCUCCUGGAGAUGUUGGAUUACCAGGAGAAAGAGGUGAUAAAGGAAAUUCCGGGAUGCCUGGGAGAAGAGGAGAGCCGGGAAGACUCGGACCACCUGGAUUCCAUAGGGGUGAGCCUGGCAGAAACGGACAAGCAGGGUUGCCUGGGCCUCCUGGGCUUCCAGGCUCACCUGGGAUGAGAGGAAUCAUUGGUUUUCCAGGAUUUCCAGGUGACCAGGGUGAGCCAGGUUCUGCAGGUCCUCCUGGAUUUUCAGGACUUGAUGGCACAAGAGGACCUAAAGGAAGCAAAGGCGAUCCUGCCAGUCUGUUUGGUCCACCUGGUCCAAAGGGGGAGCCAGGUAGCCCUGGGUAUCAAGGACAUUCUGGAGUUCCAGGAGAGCAGGGUUUGCCUGGUGUUCAAGGAUACAGAGGACCACCUGGAAGGCCAGGGUUACCUGGCAUUUUGGGAUCAUCUGGGUAUCCAGGUGGCCAGGGAAUACCUGGGCUGCAGGGACUUCCAGGAGAAAUGGGGGACCCUGGACCAAGAGGCCUCGUGGGCGACCCAGGGAUACCAGGACCUCCAGGAAUGAAAGGUCCCACUGGGUCUCCUGGCUUGGAUGGCUUGCAUGGGCUGAGGGGACAGAAAGGAACCAAAGGUGCUUCAGGCUUGCAUGAAGUGGGUCCACCUGGUCCAGUGGGAACACCUGGACUCAAAGGGGAGCGUGGAGACCCCGGCAGCCCAGGGAGUUCUCCUCCAGGCCCUUGUGGUGAAAGAGGUCCUCCAGGCCUCCCAGGGAGACCAGGACCACCUGGUCCUGUGGGUGCCAAAGGAAGAGCUCCUAUGGGUGACAUUCCCGACCCAGGUCCUCCUGGAGAUCAGGGAUUUUCCGGCCCUGAUGGCCCAAGAGGAGAACCUGGGCCUCCAGGCCCCCCGGGGAGCGUGGAUCUUCUGAAAGGAGAGCCAGGAGACUAUGGUGUGCCAGGGCCGCCAGGUGACCCAGGCCUGCCAGGCCUUCCGGGAUGCAUAGGCAUUCCAGGAUGUGAUGGACAAGAUGGCCAGAAAGGACCCAUGGGGUUUCCAGGGAUGCAAGGGCCCUCUGGUCCACCAGGGCUACCUGGAGAGAAAGGUUUUCCUGGACCUCCAGGUAGAAGAGGAUUCAGAGGUCCUCCAGGUCCCAGAGGUGAACCUGGGCCACCUGCUGAUGUGGAAGCCUGUCCCAGAAUUCCAGGGCUUCCUGGUGUGCCUGGCCCAAGAGGACCAGAAGGAACCAGGGGAUUCCCUGGAGAAAGAGGACUCCCUGGACCAGGGUGCAAAGGAGAGCCUGGACUGGAUGGCAGAAGGGGCAGGGAUGGCAUCCCUGGGCCUCCCGGGCCUCCCGGAAGCAAAGGUGACCCUGGAGAAACUGGCUACCCUGGAGUACCAGGACCUCCUGGUCCCACUGGGGACCCUGGGCCCAAAGGGUUAGGCCCAGGUUAUCUCAGUGGUUUCCUCCUGGUCCUCCACAGUCAGACAGAUCAAGAACCCGCCUGCCCCAUGGGCAUGCCCAGGCUCUGGACUGGGUAUAGCCUGUUGUACCUGGAAGGACAAGAGAAGGCUCACAAUCAAGACCUUGGUCUGGCAGGGUCCUGCCUUCCCAUCUUUAGCACGCUGCCCUUUGCCUACUGCAACAUCCACCAAGUGUGCCACUAUGCCCAGAGAAAUGACAGAUCCUACUGGCUGGCCAGUGCUGCACCGUUGCCCAUGAUGCCAGUCUCGGAGGAGGAGAUCCGUCCAUACAUCAGCCGCUGUGCUGUGUGCGAGGCCCCAGCACAGGCGGUGGCAGUGCACAGCCAGGACCAAUCCAUCCCCCCAUGCCCACGAGCCUGGAGGAGUCUCUGGAUUGGGUACUCCUUCCUGAUGCACACAGGAGCUGGGGACCAAGGAGGGGGGCAGGCCCUCAUGUCACCUGGAAGCUGCCUGGAAGACUUCAGAGCUGCACCAUUCCUUGAAUGCCAAGGCCGGCAGGGCACAUGCCAUUUCUUUGCAAACAAGUACAGCUUCUGGCUGACAACAGUGCAACCAGACUUGCAAUUUUUCUCUGCCCCAUCACCAGACACCUUAAAAGAAGGCCUGGCCCAACGCCAGAAAAUCAGCAGGUGCCAGGUCUGUGUGAAGUUUAGCUAAAGACUGCUCAAGUCACCUACCUGAGCCUAGGAGGAGAGGAAGGGCAGGCAAGAUUUCCUGGGCUGUGCCAAGAGGUUUAAUGGUGCUCACUUCACACUUGACUUUUAGCUGUUCUUUGUGUGCUAAUGUGUUUGUUCCCAGAGUCCUCCAACUUCUUCCUCUGUUCCUUGCUGAUUAAGCACGGGCUACAUGUAUGGAUUUGUUGGGACCUAUCAAUCUAGGUGCAACCCAGAUCUCCUUAUUUUAAGGAGGCUGAUAGAAGAGCUGGUUUAUUUUAAAAUAUGCUAAUUCACAAGAUGGCAAGUAGAUGAUAAAGGUGCGAUUACAAAUCACAUUACUGAAAAUAAUUCAUUGGUUAAUAGCACCUCAAACAACUGAAGUCAAUUACUCUAUAAUAUAGUGGGCUUUGGGAUGGAUUUUUACAGGAAAGAAUAAAUAGGCCAGUAAAUGAAACUAGAAAGUACAGAUUUUCAAUGUUUCAAAACGAUUUUCUCUGUAAUCUAUUUUUCCAUACACUUUAAAUAAUUGUAAAACCAUGACCCAAAGAGAUUAAAGAAAAAAAAAUCACAUUGCCAGCUUUCACAGUUCAUUUCGGAACAGAAUGAACCAUUAUGCCAGGAAGGCCCACAGUUGCUGUAUUCCAGAGAUGCGACAUUAGCAUGAAUACAUCACAGAUGAAUAUGAAACAUUGUGUUCUCUUCUGUAUUUUUGGGAGAAUAGAAAUGCCUACUUUCAACCCUUUUGAGAAGUAGCAAUUAUCGAAAAAAAAUAUAUAUUCAAUAAGGGAUUAGGAGCCUAAAAGCUAUUAAUGAAUAUUAAGGUAGUGAUUCACAAAACGGACUCCCCAUUGCCCUGCACUACCAAACACAGAGCCUUUCCCCCAGUCGGGGUCUGGCCUGCGCUCAGCACUAAUGGGCCUGGAGCCACAUGGGGCUUACUCAGGCGGAGACACAAGCCCCACAGAGCGUCUCGCCUCCCCCUUCUCCCCAGGAGAACCCCAGAGCUUCCCAGCAGAUCACAGUGACCACAUUGCCUCCACAUACAUAAUGGCAGCUCCUGUGGGGAGGUGACAGAGCUAUCAUUAUGCACUUGGGAGAAAAUGAAGGGCCGACUUAAUUAAACUUGGGUAGGAAGAUUCAUUCAAGCCAGGGUCACCCCAUGGCCCUUCUUA